UGGAGACGUUUUCUCUUGAUUUUAUUUUCACAAUCAACUAUUCUUUCCCCCCCCCCCAUUAUAAUACGAAUAGCUUUACAUUGCUGAUGCGGAGAGGAUUGGUUGGUUGUACCUCUUUCCUCCUGUCCACAAGUUUUACUGGACACGGUCGAUGGAGAUAAACUGUGUAAAAACACAGCCUGGACUUAUCCAUUGCAUGUCUUUGGGAAAACUAUGACUUUUUUUUUCAGACGACUGACCAUCUGAGGACAGUUUUACACCCCAUCAAUUCCGACCGUUCAUUAUAGCUCUAUUUCUGCCUCCUGAUGCCUUUUGUGGUGAGGAUGGAUAGCCGGCUCACAUCAGCCAACUACCCGCUCCUGGGCUUGCUUUGCACUGCAGCCGUCCUGUCGGGGUCCCGGAGCUCCGUGGCUCUCGCGGGGAGGAGCUGCGCCGACACCCGGCAGGUGUACGCGGAGAAGGGCUACAGCACCAGCACCGCACCGGUGACUCAAAUCUCCGGCGAGCACUUGAGGCUCUGUCCUCAGGACUACACCUGCUGCUCCAGUCAGAUGGAGGAAACACUGGCGCUUCAGAGCGAACGGGACUUCCUGAAAUCCGUGGAGGACCAUAGCCAGUUCCUGUUGACCACGUUCACCCAGAGACAGCGGCGGUUUGACGAGUUCUUCAGGGAGCUGAUAGACUUGUCUGAGAAGUCCAUGAACCAGAUGUUCACCAAGACCUACGGACGCCUCUUCACGCAGAACUCGCACGUCUUCCAGGAGCUGUUUGUGGAGCUGCGCAGAUAUUAUUCAGGGGGCAGUGUCAGUCUGACAGAGGUUCUGUCGGACUUUUGGUCCACGCUGGUGGAGCGGGUCUUCACGCUGGUCAACCCUCAAUAUCAGUUUAGCGACGAUUACCUGGAGUGCGUCAGUAAGCACGCCGAACAGCUGCAGCCGUUUGGAGACGUGCCCCGCAAACUGCGCGUACAGGUAUCCAGGGCAUUCAUUGCUGCAAGGGCGCUAUCUCAGGGCUUGGCCCUUGGUCGAGAUAUUGUCAACAAAGCCACAAAGAUGACGCCAGCCUCUGCGUGCGUGCGUGGCCUGAUGCGUCAGUGGUACUGCCCGCUGUGUCGAGGAAUGCCCUCCCUGCGUCCGUGCCGUGCCUUCUGCUUGAACGUGAUGAAAGGCUGCUUAGCCAAUCAGGCUGAUCUGGACACUGAAUGGGACUAUUUCAUUGACGCCCUCUACCAGGUGGCGGAGAAACUGGAGGGGCCGUUCAACAUGGAGCUGGCGGCGGACUCCAUUUCCGUCAAAGUGUCCGAAGCCAUCAUGCACAUGCAAGAAAACAGCGUCAGCAUCUCCACCAAGGUGUUCCAGGGUUGUGGAAACCCUAGACCUGCUCAAGCACGCUCCAAGCGCUCACUCAAAGAGUCAGGGGGCAACAGGAGGCCUUUCCGCACUUACACUCCCGAGGAAAAACCGACCACGGCUGCAGGCACCAACCUGGACCGACUAGUUACGGAACUGAAACAGCGCCUUCGGCCCAUGGGGAGUUUCUGGGUGUCCCUCCCACACACCAUCUGCAACGAUGAAAAGAUGGCUGCCGACGUCACUAAUGAGGACCGCUGCUGGAACGGGCAGACCAGGGGGAGAUAUCUGGCGGAGGUGACCGGCGACGGGCUGGCGAGCCAGCUCAAUAACCCCGAAGUGGAGGUGGACAUCGGGCGGCCCGACGUGAAGACCAGACAGCUGAUCAUGGAGCUGAGGGUGGCCACCAACAAACUGAGACACGCACAGAGUGGACAGGACAUGGACUUCAUGGACAGUGAGGAAGGCAGCGGUUCAGGGGGCGGCGAUGCCAGCGAGCGCUACAACGACGACUGGCCGGGAUACGGGCCUCAGUCCCCUCCUUUCAGACAGCCCCCUCGUAACCCCUCGUCCAACCCCGUCAAGCCUCCUCGGGUCCGAGAGAGAAACGGGCCCAAGGGCAACCGGAACCACGGCAGAGUCCCUUCUGCAACAAGUCAGCUCACUUCCUCCCUGCUUCUUUUGUUCUUGCCACCUUUUGUGCUCAUUGUGGCCCCCUGGUGGAGAUAGCUGCUCAUUGCAAUUGUUUACAUCACGAUGGCCGAGACAAAUAUUUCAUUCGGUUACACCAGCGCAAAAAAUUUUAAUGGCACAAAAAGGCUCAUCAUGAUUAAUUUUAAAAGAAACCUGCACAAGUCACCAACUAUCAUUAAAUUAACUUUACAGCAAAACAAAAUCCUAUAGUGCUAUUGUUGAAAUGGUCAGAUUAGUCAUGUCUUGAUGAAUUGCGAGAAUAAUUUAUUUUAGUAGCUGGGAUGGGCUCCAGCACGCCCGCGACCCUAGUGGGGAUAAAGCGGUCCAGAAAAUGGAUGGAUGAAUUCGGCUAUAGCGUUGUUAAAAUGGUGCAUCACAACAAAUUGGAAUAGUGUAGAAAAGUUGAUUUAUUUCAGUAGUUCAAUUCAAAAAGUGAAACUCAUACAUUACUGUGUACAGAUUGGAAAUACUUUUCACAAACCCAUUACCAAUCUAGUGUCUAUAUACAAAAUCAUUUUGGUAGUUGAUGUAAUAUUUUUUUUUUCUGAGAUGGUGAAUUGGGGGUUUUGGUUAGCUGUAAGCUAUAAUCAUCAAAAUAAUAAAAAAAUAAAUCAAGAAAUAUUAUAGUGAAUCUAUGUUUGACUUUCACUUUUGAAUUGAACCACUGAAAUAACUUAAGUGGUGCCUUAAUAUACGAGUUUAAUUCCUUCCGUGACAUCACUCGCAACUCAAAACACUCGUAUCUCAAAUUGUCUUUCCCCACUGAAGUGUGUUGCCUCACCGUUUGUGUUCAAAUAUCUGUUAGUGUAUUGCAUUGUGCGUUAGCAUUCAUGUUGUGUGGUUGCUUUAAGCACACAAUGUUUAAUUGUCUUUGUGUCAUAUUUAGUUUGACAGUAAACGCCAACUCAGAGUGGUAAUAACCAGCUGGAAGAAGAAGAAUUGUUCAGUAGUUUACUGCCCACAUCGAGCAAAAAAAGCAAAAGAGGUCACUCAUAAGUCAAGGCACCACUGUAUUUGACCUGUUUAAAUGUUUUGUGGUCAGGCUUUCUUUAAAAAACACCAAAGGGGUUUUCUUAGAAUGUACAGAAAUGCCUUUUGGGGUUGUGUAAAAUGACAUUUGACAUCAAGUUCAUGUAAAAUAGUGAUACUUUUGAAGUUAUUUAUCUAUUUAUUUCUAUCUAUUUCUCUUCAAGACAAGGGUCAAGUGUUUUCAAUCUUCUAAAAUAAAAAGUGUUUGUGUUAA